UUCCACUUCAUGGCAAGCGAUUUUCGAGCUACAGGUUUGAAACCAAUGCCCAUAUUUGCUGACUACGUUUGCUUACUGUUCAGCGCCAUCUAGUGGCCACAAAGCAAUAGCGCCAAGACGCCUCUCGGUUGCGUCACGCUAAGCUGCGGGCCCUAUUGGUCGGCCACCUUGCUGUGGCAGCAGAGUUUUAUUCAACACGUCUUUAUUUUACGGAAGCCUAGAGGGCCGAGAAAGGGCGUGCGGUGCAGCGAUCAUCUCGUCGAAAGCCCAUCACUAGCGGCCGAGAGGGCGGGCACCGCAGCGCUCAUUACCCGGGCAGUGAGACAUUACGGGGCGAAGGAAUACACGCAUGCGCGGUACUAAAAAAUGAUCAUGUAGUUUCCUGUAUAUUACUUGCGCAUAGUGAUUUGCUCCCUUCUCAGCUACCUUCAAAGAAUCAGUUUUAAAAUUGUGUAUAUUGAAGAUUAAAUCCCACUCAAAGCAUCCCCACUACAAUUGUGUACGCUGCCAAGCAUGGCACUCCAGCCAGAGAAGAGAAAAGUCCGGGCUCUAAGCCUUGCAGGCAUUGCCCAAAUAUCCAACGACAUCUCCAGGAAGUUUCUCGAUCGCAGUGACCUGUCCAGGCUUUCUCGCAUCGAUCUGCAUUCUCCGAAAGACUAUGCUCAGGUUCUGAAAGCUUUGGAUGAUUUUUUUAUUUCGGACCCAAAUGGCAAAAUUAAAUUAGUGUUUGUUGAAGAUAAAGUUAUAGUAAAGAACAUUUUUAUAAUGUCCUCUGCCAUGCAAGAACUGGCCCAGAAAUAUCCCGAACAUCUUUACGUGGAUAUUUUAAAGAACGUUAGCCCUGGCUUCAACCUGUAUAGUGUUUCCUGUGAAGAUGAAAACUCUGAAUGGAAGAUUUGUGCCAGCUGUAUAUCACAGGCAAAUAACCCUGAUAUAUUAAGGUUUAUCAUUGUUUCUGUUCUGCAAAGCAUACCAAAAAUGAAGGCUCAAAUCAAAUACAUAACAGUACAUCCAGGUAUAACAGAUUCUCUCGACAUGGGUACUUUGUUACCAAAUGCAACUAUAAGGCUUUGCUAUUUGUUAGUCUUGCAAAUAUUGGAGAACAAAUUGUCCGAACUGCAGUGUGCUACCCAGACCCAGAUCAAAGCAGUCUUGCAUAUCCUCCUCCACACGCGCUCAUUAAAGGUGUACAACCGUUGUCUAAAUGAGUUCAAGACCGUUUGUCCCCCAGAAGUUUAUCAGUACUACUAUGAAACGUGGCAUCCAAGCAGAAAAUUAUGGUGCACCAAGGACAACAAAAGACUUAAAGCUGAGAAAGCCAUCUAUUCCUACGUUACGUCUCUACAUUAUACCCUUGCAACAGAAAUGGGCAGCUCAUUAUCACUCAAUAAUUGCCUGUGUGUGGUUUUCAAUGAAAAUCGGGAAUUAAAGAGUGUUCCAGAAUAUUUACCUCCAGUGAAUCUGCUUCCUGUGCCUGAACCUCCCCCAGCUGUUCUAGAGAAGGCACCUGAAGAAAUCACAAAGACAAAUGGACUGGAAGACAUGGAGUUCUCUAGCUGGGAAGAAUUCCAAUCAUUUCUUAUUUCCUGGUGCGAAGAACAGAAGAUUAUUUUUGUAAUCCGCAAUUCAGUACCACUUGCUGAUGAAGAUAUGAGCCAAGACUUGAUUCAGUCUUUAAAGUACAGUACUGUGAACCUUGGAUGCAGCAGUUACACAAGGAAACGCUGCCCUGCAACAAUUCAUCUAAAACUGGGCCCAGACAAAGACAAGCUCAUUAUUACAAAGGCUGACCUCAAUCACAGUCAUGACUCUGAGAUAGACCUGCCAUCUCGUUUUACAAGAAAGCCAGCAUUAUUCGUUGAAUUCCCUGUUGGAAAACCAGCUGAAGUUUCUGAUAAAUUCAUGGACAGAAAUGAGUUGACAAAGCUCCUCCGUUUACACUUCCCAUUUGGUGGGGAAUCCCAAAUCCUGGAUGAACUGGAAUCCCUUUUUAACGCUGACCCUUCUGCGAAAAUAAAAUUCAUUUACACUGAAGAUAAAUUCAUUGUUAAGAACAUUUUUUUAAUGACAAGUGCCAUGCAGGGCUUAUUGCAGCAGUUUCCUGAAACGAUCUACGUCGAUCACAUCCCUGCCUUAAACCAGGAGUUUGAUUUGUAUUCUCUCCUUUGUCAAGAUGAGAGCUUCAGCUGGCGGGUCUGUGCCCAUUGCAUUGGGACAAAGGAGGUUUCAGAAACAUUAAGGUUUCUUAUACAGACUGUCCUGCAAGUGAAUCCCAAUAUAGGCGCCCAAGUAAAGCAUUUCACACUCAGUCAUGAAAUAAGGAAUCCUUUAGACACACAGGCCCUGCUUCCUAAUGCCUUGGUGAGGUAUUGCUCGCCGUUUGUUUUCGACAGCAUGCAUAAUAGCAUUUCUUUUCUAAGUCAGAUGGAGCAGUCACAGAUUAAGAACCUAUUAGUUAGCCUCUCCCAAGCUCCGUCAACUGAGGUCUACACAGAACACUUGGGAGAUUUAAAGGCAGCAUGUCCAGAUGAAGUUUUCCAGUACUAUUUUGACACUUGGCAUCCACAUUGGAAAUUAUGGUGUGAAAAGGAUAGCAGGACAAGUGAUGUGGAUAACUCAAUUUUUGCAUACGUUAAGUUAAAGCAUGAUGAACUAAAAGCACAUUUGGGAUCACUGCCUUCUUUAUAUCAGUGCCUGCAGGCUAUUCUAACGGAAGAUCAAGAACCUGUGGAGUCAUCAGAAUUGAAUCAUGUGGAAGAGUUAGACAAAAACACACCUACUUUGAAAUCACAAAAUGCCAUGGAAGAACCAAGCGCUGCACUGGAAGAAAAUAUCCCUCCUCCCGUAGAUGAUACGGCUAAUGAAGAAGUAGCAGGAGACACAGAUCAACCGAAUGGGAAAGAAUUCCAGAGCUGGGAUGAUUUUUGUGGUUACUUGGAAAAAUGGAGUAAAGAGAAAUUUUUGGUGCGCUUGUCUUCUGCCGCUGUUAGCGACGAGUCAGAAGGUGACAAAUGUGUCACUCCUCAGGUGGCGCAGUCCUUAAAGUACAGCUGGGUGCAACUUAACUGCACUUGGAAGGAAUGUCCAGCUUUUAUUGAGCUGACACUGGGACCUAAGAAAGACAAGCUUAUUAUUACCCAGAGCAACCCCAGUCAUGUCCAUGAAGCAGAAGAAACUGCCCAACCUCCACCUGCUAAGAAAUGCAAGCUGUCCUCUGCUGUAGGGUUACCGGCUCAGGUUGCCAACAAUAUCUCCAGAAAGUUUCUGGAACCGAGUGAUUUGAAAAGGCUUCUGCGGUUUCGCUCCGGAGCGUUUGAAGAUCGCACCCAAGUGCUGGCCGAACUGGAUUCGCUCUUUAUUACAGAUCCUGAAGCAAAAGUAAAGCUGGUGUUUGUGGAAGACAAAUUGCUUGUGCAGAAAAUAUUUCUUAUGACGUCUUCAAUGAGAGAAAUCGCUUCGAAAUUCCCUGAAAACAUUUUUAUUGACCUUUUUACAGACUUUAGUCAGAGUUUUGACCUGUACACCAUUUAUUGUGAAGAAAAGGGAGUAGGUUGGAAGGUGUGUGCUUACUGUAUUGCAAAGAAAGGAGUACCGGGUACCUUUGAUUUUCUUAUCAGUUCAGUUGUUCAGAUUAACCCCACUCUAAGUAACCAGGGCAAACACCUAACGGUAAACCCAGAAAUCCAUGAACCUAUCAGUCUAGAAACCCACUUGCCACACGCAUCUUUAAGGUACUGCAUGCAUUUAGUCUUAGAUAUUCUGUAUCGCAAGAUCUCCAACCUUGAUAACACUGUAGCAGCUCAGAUUAAGAAUUUCCUUCAUAUCCUUUCUCAAACGUGUUCCUUGAAAGUCUACGACCGAUAUCUAAAUGAUCUGAAGACCAUUUGCCCGCCAGAGAUAUACCAGUACUAUUAUGAUACCUGGCACCCACGGCGUAAAAUGUGGGUCAAAAAGGAUAAUCGGAUCGAAGAGGGAGAGAAAAAUAUAUUUGAACUUGUUUCACAAAAGCAUGAGAAACUCAAGCAGGCCCUGGGCUCCUACCCUUCUUUGCAUCAAUGCCUUUGUGCAGUUCUCGGUGACGGCUACAAGAAAACCGACAAUAAGUCUCAUCUUCAGGAACUCCAUUCAUUCUGUGAAAAUGAAGAAUCUCCAGUUAUCUCCCCUGCAUCAAACGAACAGGAUGGUGAUCAUCCGAUGAUGGAAGAGGAGGCUGAAAUAAUUGACUGUAAACCUGACUCGGAAAUGAUUGAUUCUGAAGCUGAUCCAUCAAAAGACAAUGAGGAGCACAUGGAAAACCCUGGGACUGGCCUAGAGAGGACUGAAUUUUACAGCUGGGAAGAUUUCUGUUCCUUCCUGGAUGGCUGGUGUGAGGAAAAAAAGACCAUGUUUGCAGUUCGUCAUUCUGUGUUCCUUCAAAAAAGUGAGAUUGAAAAUUUUCCACAUGGGCCAGAGGUGGCAAAGUCUUUAAGAUACAGCAGAGUGAUUCUGGGAUGUAGAAGCUGCCCAAGGAAUAAAUGUACUGCAAUGAUCGAAUUAAAACUUAGUCCUCACAUGGACAGGCUGAUUGUUUCCGAAAGAAACCUUUGUCAUACCCAUGACUGGCCAAUCCCCACAACCCAUAUGACAUCACAGGACCAAUUGCAGGCCACCCAAGAGUGCCAGCUAGCUAUGAUCACAGAUGAUGUCUCCAAGAAGUUUUUAGAACACAGUGAUAUCAAGAAUCUUCUCCCCUUUUAUCCUGAUUCAUUGUCAGAUCAUCAUAAAGUUCUGGGUGAAUUAAAUGCAUUUCUAAUUGCUGAUCCUGGUGCAAAAAUUAAGUUGGUUUUUAAUGAAAAGGGAGAUGUGGUGAAACAUGUGUUUAUAAUGACAUCCUGCAUGCAAGACCUGGUGCAGAGAUUUCCUGAUCACAUGUUUGUGGAUUGUUUACCCCUGAUUGGUGGAACCUUUGGCUUGUAUACUGUGUUUUGUGAACAAGAGGACAAAAGGUGGACAACAUGUGCAUACUGCAUUGCACAAGAAGAUACCUCUGAUAUAUUCAAGUUUAUCCUAUUAUCUCUUGUGCAGAGCAUUGCAUCCCUUCAAAUGCUAUUAAAGUUAAUAACAGUGAGUCCAGGAAUCCAAGGUUGCAUGAACGUUGAAUCAAUAUUGCCGAAUGCUUUAGCAAGAUAUUGUAAGAUGAUGGUCAUGGACAUUCUCUUUGAACAGUGCUCCCAUCUAGAUUUUGUCCUGCAAGCGCAAAUCAGAAGUUCUAUCCAGAUGUUAGCUCAGACCAGUUCUCCUAAUCUCUACAGUCAACACCUCUUUGAGCUGGCAGCGGCUAGCCCUCCAGCAGUGUUCCAGUGUUACUAUAAAAACUGGCACCAAUGCAGGAAGCUCUGGGCUAGUGAUUCAGUGGCAGAAUCCCCCAUGUAUUCCUGUGUGAAAGCCAAACAGCGAGAGCUAACUUCAAAACUGAAGGAUCCUCUAUCUUUGUGCCAAUGCCUUAAAGUUGUUCUUGAUGAUGCUCAAUUGAUUCAUGUUACCAGAGAAACUUGCAGUGACGAAGAAGCUAAAGUAAUGUAUCAGAUUGCUGAGCAAAGUAUUAAAGGCAGAGACAGUUCCAGCCUGCCAUCUUCCUUGGUGUCUUCUGCAGUCAACACUGAGGGAAAGGACAUGGAUUAUGACCUCGUUGGGAAGAAAUUUACUUCUUGGAAUCAGUUUUGCAAAUACUUUGAUGACUUGUGUGAAAAGAAAAAAGCAUGUUAUAAAGUUAGCAGUGCAAGUUACUUUGAAAACACUGAUAAGAGGGCUGAGAUCUACAAAUUUCAAAAUGUUCGACUUGAAUGUCGGCCAUUACCAGAUGAGAUGGAUAAAGACACAGACACGCAAAGAAAAACCGACCAAUUGUCUUGCCCAGCUUCUGUGUUCUUGCAAUUUUGUAAGGAAGACAGCUGCCUGGUGGUGACACAUGCACAAACGGAUCACAAUCACAAAACAGACUUUCAAAAAUUCACAAACUUUUUCAAUCUCUGUAGCCUAUCCUCCUACAUGCGCUUCUCCACCCUGGCCAGUAAUAUGGCUCAGAAAUUCAUUACUCCACAGGACAUAAAAGAUUUGAUGUACUGGAAGAAAAUAUUAGAAAGUUCGAUUUUGGAUCUUCUUCAAUCACUAAGGACACUUUUGUCUAAGGACCCAUUGGCUAAAGUAAGGCUACGAUUUACGCCAGAAGUAAUGCAAAUUGAUUAUGUGUUUCUCAUGACUUCUCAAAUGGGUUCCUUAAUACAGAAAUUUCCUUCUGUCCUCUUUAUUGCCAGGCCCCUGGCUUUUUUUGAUAACUAUGAACUAUACACAGCAAUGUGUGAGGAUAAUGAUAACACGAGUAGCAUUUUUGCUUAUUUUUUCACCCAUAAAGGAAAUCCAGCCCCAUUCUGUAAGAUGGUAGAGUCUAUUCUUCAGAGCAUUCCUGAGCUGAAUAUUAAUUCCAUUUUGCUGCAAGCAGAUAUUACAAAGAUGAAUUCUGUGCGUGAUCUUGUACCUUCUUGCUCUGUGCACAUAAGUCCAGCAUACAUGCUUGAGGUCCUACAUCAUCAUCUAAAAGAACACGAACCUUCAAACGAGGAGAAGGUAAAAGGCUUGCUCUGUAAUUUAAUCAAAUAUCAAAACUCCUCUGAACUUUACUCCACCUACUUUACAGAUCUUAAACAAUCCUCUUCAGAUCACUUUCUUCAAUACUUUCUGCAAAACUGGAACUGUUGUAAGGAAGACUGGUGUCAUGGCAUAAAAGAAGAACACUUCCUGGAGUGUGCAGCCAGACAGGAAGAAGAGUUGAAGCCUAUAGUGAUUACUAAAGGUUCACUAGGAUCUUCCAUCCAAGCUAUUGUAAAGGUGUUAGUGGACAGUGAUAACAAUGCAACUGUUGAUGAUGAUGAUGAUGAUUAUGAUGAAGGACCUGUACUAAUGGAAAUUUCAGAUGCUAACAAUGAAAAGCUAACCAUUAAGUCUUCUGAUCUCAAUGGCAUGAUUUUCCAAAGCUGGAAUGAAUUCAGUGAGUUUUUUGAUUCCUGGUGUGAAGAAAAAAAAACCCUGUUUAAGAUAACAAGUGUUCUUCCCUUGGAGAAUGUGGCAGAGGAUGAUCUGAAGCACCUGCGAUACCAGCUAGUUCAAUUUGUGUGCAAGGGAACUGGUGAAUGGCUGCAACACAGAGAUAAGUUAAGCACAACCAAUUCAUCUUGCCCAGUUUUCCUUACUGUGAGGCAUAUGGAAGAGAAGAAUUGUCUAGAGAUUAAUCAUUCACAACAUCUGCAUAAUCACACAAUAGACCAAGAAGAAUUUGGUGCUUACUUUCAGUACUGUCGACUCUCAUCAUGGCCCCGGUUUGCUUCACUGACCAGCAGUGUUGGAAACUGUUUUGUCACUCAACAGCAUCUUAAGGAUAUCCUGAACUGGAGUAUGUUUCUAGAAAAUGAUACUCUGGAUCUGCUCAAAGAACUUGACUUUCUGUUCUUAGAAGAUCCCAAAGUCAAGCUGAAGUUAUCAUUUUGUUCAGAAACGCUGGCUCUAGAGAGUGUGUUUAUCAUGGUAUCACAUUCAAAGCAUUUACUGGAAGCGUUCUCGUCACUACUCUUUUUGGGUCAGUCGCUAACUCUUAAUGAAAAUUUUGACCUGUACACGGUGCUUUGUGAAGAUGACAACAGUAAUGGCAGAGAGGUUGCAUACUUGAUCACAAGGAAGGAAUGUGCUGCUCCUGUCGUGUCUCUUGUGGUUUCCCUUAUCCAAAGCAUUCCUCAAAUAAAGGAAAGACUUGAAGGGAUGGUACUUCAGACAGAUCUGACCCAGCUUGAUCUUAUUCAGGAUCUUCUACCUUCCUGCUGUGUGCGUAUGAGUCAAACACAUGCUCUAGAUACAUUAUGUUACCAGAUGAGAAUGGAAGACCCGGCCACUCAGGAGGAGUUGAAGCAAAUCAUUUAUAAUUUAGUUCAUUCUCAAACAUCUUCGCUUUACAACAUAUAUUUUAAAGAGCUGGAAAGAGCAGCUACUAAAGGUUUCUUCCAAUACUUUUUGAAUACAUGGCACAUACGUAAGGAGGACUGGGUUGAAAGCUGGGGCCACAGGAUGAAGGAUGGGAAUUUCAUAGAGUUUACAGCCUGGCAUACAAAUGAGCUACGUUCUAUGCUAAGCUUUCCUAGUUCACUGGCAUCCUGCAUUGCAGUCUUGUUAAAAAUGAUAAGGUCUUCUGGGGAAUAUACAUCACAGAACUACAGCCCCCCUGAUAUUGAUAAUAAAGAGAGUGAAAAUGUUUACUCAAGCAAAGUUAGUGUGGACCACAAUCCGUGGCCUGUAGUUUCCACUUUGGGGAGUACUGACUGUGUUACAGAUGAGAUGUCUGAAAGUCACAUGAAUGGGAUUAAUAAUAAUCUACCACAAAGCUAUGAAAGCUCCAAGCUGUCAGCAUCUAUAUUAGAAGAGAUCUCUCAUUCCAUCCUGAGAGAUGAGAAACCAACAAGCCUGAACAUUCUAGAAGGAAAGGAAUUCUUAAGCUGGAUGGAGUUUCGGACUUUCUUUGACCGAUGGUGUGAAAGAAACAUGUAUCUAUUUAAGAUAAGAUGUUACAGGCCAUUGUGCAGAGCAGACUCGACUACUGGCAAAAUAAUGGCAGUGCUAAAAUACAGCUUUAUACAUCUGGUGUGCAAGUAUUCCGUUGUUAACCAGUGUUCAGUAAGGGCCUCCCCUGGAGAGCUACCUGCCCCCUGCCAAGCAAAUAUCAUAGUUGAAGCUGGGCAACACAAUAACUGUCUGAUAGUGACACAUGCUGAACUGAAUCACAAUCAUGGAAUAGUGGAAGAGGAGUUUGAACGUUUAUUUCCAAGGUUCAUGCUAAGAGCAAAGCCCUUCCUUUUCUUGGAAAUGACUAAAGCUAUCUCCAAACAGUUUCUUUUGUUGAAGGACUUGCAGGAUCUAGUGUGCCAAAGCUGCGAUGAGGAAACCUCCUUAAGAGAUCUCCUGGAUGAAUUGACUGUUAUUUUUUGUAAAGAUCCCAAGGUCAAGAUCAAGCUGUUAUUUUACCCUGAUAUUGCAGAGGUAGAAGGGAUCUUUCUGAUGACAGCCACCAUGAAAAAUUUACUCCAACGCUUCCCAUCUGUGCUCUGCAUUGAAAAAACGAUGCCAAUUAAUAAUGACUUUUACCUGUACACUGCUGUCUGUGAAGAUGCUGACCAAAGAGGUCGGGCCUGUGCAUACUUCAUCACUCGUAAGGAAAGCCAAACUCCAGUCAGAUUCAUGGUGGUGUCAUUAAUGCAAAGCAUUUCAGACUUUGUGAAACCCAUGAUCAAAUCUAUGUUGCUACAGGCCCCUUUUGAAGAAAUUGAAUUGGUGCAGGGUCUCCUUCCAAAAAGAGAAGUGAUUAUGAGCCAGGCGUUUGCUCUUCAACUGUUACAUACUAGGAUUGAAGAGGAAGCACUGUCAGUGCAAGUCAGUAUUAAGAACAUAGUGGGUGACCUUGUUCAUUCAAACUCUGCUGAAAUAUACAAGCAAAAUCUCAAAGUGCUGAAAGCAGCAGCAAAUACUGCCUUUUUAGAUUAUUUCCUCAAUCAUUGGCACAUGAACAAAAAGAGAUGGGUGGCUUGUUGGGGCCUGCCUGAACCGCAUCGCAUUAGAUUUGAUAACCACCUCAGGACAAAUCUGCAGUCUCUAGAGUCACUCAGUCUAAGUACUUCACUGGCUUGCAGUGUUAAUGAACUUCUUAAACUGCAGAGUCUGAAGGCACUGACCUGUACUCUUGAUGAGAAUAAGAUCACCGACUUUUACAAAAAACUAUGCCAUCCACCUGUCUUAAAAUCCUUGCAAGAGGAGAUCGCCCUCACAAAUUAUGGGCACUUUGAUAUCAGUGAACUUGAUGAUGGAUUUGUACUUAAUGAUGGAACAUGCUCAUUCCUAGUGGACAAAUCUCUUUUACAAUGCAACUGCUCAAUUUUUAAGGCAAGACAAUUGCCAUGCCGGCAUAUAUUUACUGCACGCGUCUGGACUGGUGAAACAGUGCUGGACAAUAAAUUAGUACAAGCAGACACAGCUGAUAUAUAACAUUAACUGUUUUUAUAUAUAUAUAUUUUUACACUGACAAAAGAACUGCUUUCUCUAUAACAUUCAGCAGAUGUUGUAGUUAAGACUUAGAAACUGACUUCAUGAGCUGGCCUCCAGUCUUGGUAUCUGUAAAAGAAAAGCCUCUGAACUGAGGAAAGAAGAUAAAGUAGACUUGUUUGAAAUACACUAUGCAGGGUGUGCCUUCUUAAUAAAUCAUGUUAAGCUAUUUCUGACUUAACAUAUAUUGAAUUAACCACA